AUGGCGCGGCGGCUCCAGGACGAGCUGGCCGCCUUCUUCUUCGAGUACGACACUCCUCGAAUGGUACUCGUGCGCAACAAGAAGGUGGGCAUCAUCUUCCGCCUGAUCCAGCUGGUGGUUCUGGUCUACGUUGUUGGGUGGGUCUUUGUCUACGAGAAGGGCUACCAGACCUCAAGUGGCCUCAUCAGCAGCGUGUCUGUGAAACUCAAGGGUCUGGCUGUGACGCAUCUCCCAGGCCUGGGCCCCCAGAUCUGGGACGUGGCUGACUAUGUCUUCCCAGCCCAGGGGGACAGCUCCUUCGUGGUCAUGACCAAUUUCAUCGCGACCCUCAAUCAGGCCCAAGGCUACUGUGCAGAGCACCCAGAAGGGGGCGUGUGCAAGGAUGACAGCAGCUGCAUUCCCGGCAAGGCAGAAAGGAAGGCCCAAGGCAUCCGCACCGGCAAGUGUGUGGCUUUCAACAACACCGUGCGCACGUGUGAGAUCUUUGGCUGGUGCCCCGUGGAAGUGGAUGAUGACAUCCCACGCCCUGCCCUUCUCCGAGAGGCCGAGAACUUCACUCUCUUCAUCAAGAACAGCAUCAGCUUUCCACGCUUUGAGGUCAACAGGCGCAACCUGGUGGAGGAAGUGAAUGCCACCUACAUGAAGAAAUGUCUCUAUCACAAGACCUCACACCCGCUGUGCCCUGUCUUCAAUCUUGGCUAUGUGGCACAAGAGUCAGGACAGAGUUUCAGCGCCCUGGCCGAGGAGGGUGGGAUGAUAGGCAUUACCGUCGACUGGAAUUGUGACUUGGACUGGCACGUACGGCACUGCAAACCCGUCUAUGCGUUCCACGGGCUGUAUCAGGAGAAGAACCUGUCUCAAGGCUUCAACUUCAGGUUUGCCAGGUAUUUCGUGGACAAUGGCACCGACCGCCGGCACCUCUUCAAGGUGUUUGGGAUUCGCUUUGACAUCCUCGUGGAUGGCAAGGCUGGGAAGUUUGACAUCAUCCCCACAAUGACUACCAUUGGCUCUGGGAUCGGCAUCUUCGGGGUGGCCACCGUUCUCUGUGACCUGCUGCUGCUCCACAUCCUGCCCAAGAGGCACUACUAUAAGCAGAAGAAGUUCAAGUAUGCAGAGGACAUGGGGCCAGAGGCGGGUGAGCGUGACCCUGCGGCCACCAGCUCCACCCUGGUCCUGCAGGAGAACAUGAAGACGUCCUGACCCUCAGCCCGUGACUCCUGAUUGGACGCAGCUUCAGGUGGGGGCCCUGGUGUGGUCCCAGCCAGGGUAGAGGGGUCUCCUUGGCAGCUCUCCUGCCCUCUCGGCCAGGCAGACACCUCUUUGCUGGCAGCUCAGGGUGGACACGGGGAGAGACUUGCGCAAUUCUGAGCUUUGGCUCCAACUCUGCACCCCGCCAAGAGAGCCUCACCCCAGCCUCAGACUCUCCUGGUGCGGAGGUGCUGAUGCUGGGUGAGGCCCCUCCCACACCCCCCCUCCCCGAACUGGAGCUUUGUGCUUCUCCCUCUGGGCCCUCGGCCCUCCCACAGCCUCUUGUCUCUAGACCUGUGCUCUCCCUUAGGACAGCCACUAGCCACAGGUGACUAUUUAAAUUUAAAUUAAUUAAAAUGGAAUAAAAUAAAAACUUCAGUUCCUCAAACUAGCCAUAUUUAACCGCUAAGUAGACACAUGUGGCUGGUGGCUGCCAUAUUAGACAGCACAGAACAUUUCCAGGGCCGCAGAAAGUUCUGUUGGAAAGCUCGGCUUGAGCCCUGUUUCCUGCUGGCUUCAGGUUUCCCUGGGGAGCUUGUCUACUGUGCAGGCCCCUGGGGCCACCCCGAACCCCCUGAACCAGAAUCUCCAAGGCUGGCCACAUGAUUUGCAAGGACAGCAAACUUGCCAGGCCAUUUCAAGGACCUGUGUUUAAAAUGCCUCUGAUCAGGUGUCAGACUUAGCCUGGGCCUGCAUCCCCUGGCAGGUACUGGUAGUGAGCAGGUGUGUGUCGUGCUCACAAGCCACACAGUGUUUUGUGCACACACCCUCACGUGCACGCUCCGCUGAUUGCACAUCCCCCUUCUAUUCACACGAUGUAUUUGAACAGCUUGGGUCCUGUAAACACAACCAUCUGAACACACCUACACCCCAAGUGCAGACACCAGGUCCAUGCCAUGCCAACUCCUUGAGAAAUGCUUCCCCCUAAGCGCGUCAGGCCAGGACAGCUCCUUCAGCCAUGAAUCCUUACUCAGCUACCUCUGCUCAGGCGGGAGCCUUGGCCAAACCCUGGGCUCUGUGCCUGUGGCCCAGCCCCAGUCCCCAAGGCCUGCCCAGCUCUGUCUGAACACAAGGUCUGGGGAAAGUGAGGGGUGGAGUACAAUACAAGGAAUGAGGACAAACCUCCGCC